CAGCAGAGCCAGUCUCCUGUGAAACACACCACCACUGCCUCCCUGGCUGCAGCCUGACACCCACACUCUGCACCUUUCUCACCAUCAGUCUGCCCUGGAUCUGGCCAGUUUGGGGCUUCCUUGGUGGCCUGCCACCCCACUUUGGAGCCACAGGGCAAGUUCACAGAUGCCUGGAUAGAGGAACCUUCCCCAAUAGGAAUAUUUCCUUUCGCAAGAUGUCUCUAACGCUGACCACCGUUAAUAGCUCCAACUGCACCGUUAACAACUGCAACAACACAAUCGUGGAUGAAAGGGAUCCCUAUGUGGCACGAUGGAACAUUGCUAUCCUCGCCGUCAUAUUUUCCUUCGCUACCUUCAGCAAUUGCUUAGUUCUGUUCACCCUCUUGAGGCGGAGGAAGCACAAUGCCCUCAUGCACACUUUCAUGAUCCAUCUCUGCCUGGCGGACUUGGUGGUCUCGUUCUUUCAGGUUCUUCCACAACUCAUCUGGGACAUAAUUGAUCGUUUUCAAGGACCGGAUAUAGUCUGCAAAGGUGUUCGAUACCUACAGGUUGUGGGAAUGUUUGCUUCAUCAUACAUGAUCGUAGCCAUGACUUUUGACCGACACCAGGCAAUAUGUCGACCAAUGAUGACUUUUAAGAAAGGGUCAGCACGCUGGAAUGUCCCUGUCUGUUUGGCAUGGCUGGCCUCAGGUUUACUUAGCAUUCCCCAAAUCUUCAUCUUCUACAGGAAAGAAGUCCUUCCAGGAGUUUAUGACUGUUGGGCUGACUUUGCAGAAAACUGGGGUGCGAAAGCCUACGUUACUUGGAUAACUGUGAUGGUUUUCAUCUUGCCAGCUUUGUUCAUUGCUACAUGCCAGGUGCUGAUCUUUCGGGAGAUUCACCAUAGCCUCUACUUGGGGACCGAAAGGUCACCAGGAUCAAGAAGAAAGCGGAAACUGGUCGGAGGGAAGAAUGGUGUGCAGCCGGUCUCCGAUUCUGGGGUGACGACCGCCAUGUCCAAAACUGUCCGGAUGACUCUCGUCAUAGUGCUAAUAUACGUAGUGUGUUGGGCUCCAUUUUUUAUCGCUCAGCUAUGGAAUGUUUGGAAUCCAAAAUCAGCUGCUGACAAUGCCGCCAUUAGCAUCCUGAUGAUUGUGGCCAGUUUAAACAGCUGCACCAAUCCCUGGAUCUACACGAUCUUCAGCAGCAGCGUCUCUAAAGAUGUCCAGGCCAUCCUGUGCUGUGGAUGCAGAAAGAAAAGACGCAAGAAUUCUCUGCCUGAGGACUCCUGCUUUACCGGUUCCACCUCCCUGCCAAAGGAAUCGCUUUACUAAUUAGUGGGAUGGAGAAACGCAACAGAACCAAGAAGCCUGCGCAAGACCAACACCUAAUUACUCUAUAACACAAUGACCCAGUGGAAAAACAGAUACAAGGUGUAUGGUGGAAAUGCUCAACUUGUUAUAAUUCACUAAGACACGGAUCAUUAAGAUGAUAAAUAGAACAUCCACAAUGGAGGAGCAUCUAAACUCUUUGGAACCACUGGAAGACCAAUCAAUAGUACUUUGCAUUGAAACAUCCAGUGGGUGCAACCAGCAUAUUGGACAUGGUGUUUGGGUAAAAUGAUGUCUAAAUGAGAAUGUAAGUUUUGUUAGCAAGCCAUAGUUGGAAUUGUAUUAAGGUCUAUGGCUGGAUACGCAUGGAAUAUGGAAAAAAUAAAGACCCAAACGAAGCUGACAUUAAUUAAACUAAACACAGAGGAUGCUAUGAAAAAAAAAGAA